CCCCCCAUAAAAAAAAAGAAAAAAUUUUUUCCACAUCAUUUAUUCACACCCACCGGUAUCUCUUAAUACUUCCAGUCUGGGUUUCGUUCUAUUAUUGGUCAAUUUCCCACUCGGUGUGAGGAGCUCCGGAACACCGCCGUCAAGUGGCUCGAAGUUCCCCCGCCCCGUCCUGCGUGAGGGAUGAGCGGACUGCCAGGCAGCAAGGAGCCGGUGCUUGGAUGAACACGACGACACACAGCGAGGGUGUCGUUACCGCCGUCGAAAUGGAGCAAAUUAACGUAACAGCAGAGACAUCUCCACAUAAAGCACUGAACAGGAAGACAACGAGGCCCGAUCCAGAAGGGGAGAGCAGUCCCCAGAAACCCACCGACAGAAUGGCGUUGCCAGCUUGGAAACUGAACACCCCGACCAAAGCUGACGUGAUCCCACGAACUUAUAGCUCCCCGGCGUCACCUGGCCCGCGGCCCAAAAGAGACAUGGUGAAGUCGGAGGAGAGGCAGCAGCUGGCCAAGGAGAGGCGAGAGGAAAAAGCCAAAUAUCUCGAAGAGCUCAGCAAGCUUCAAGCAGCGAAGAAGAGCCAGUGGCUGGAGAAAGAGGAAAGGGCGCGACAGCUAAGGGAGCAGCAGCUGGAGGAGCGGCGCAGGAGACUGGAAGAACAACGUGUCCUGGCAGAGAAACGCCGCGCCGCCCUGGAGGAGCGGCAAAAGCAGAAGCUGGAGAAGAACAAAGAACGCUAUGAGGCAGCCAUCCACCGCUCCGCCAAGAAGACUUGGGCAGAAAUCCGCCAACAACGAUGGUCAUGGGCUGGCAACCAGAAUGCCAACCAGAAGGAGAGCAGAUGCUCUCUCUCCACCAUCAACCUGCCCAAACACAUGGACUCGGUCAUAAACAAGCGACUCUCCAAGUCCUCGGCCACGCUGUGGAACUCCCCCAGCAGAACCCGUAACGUUGCACUGAGCCCAUGGGAGAGCAGCAUUGUGGACCGUCUAAUGACGCCCACCUUGUCUUUCCUGGCUCGGAGCCGCAGCGUCGCCAGCGUGCUUGCCAACGGAAAAGAUGGACAGUCACCGCUGUGCCCCCGCUCGUCUUCCGCCAGCCCCCUGACGAUGUGUGCACACCAGCUCCAUCACCGCUGCUCCGAUCGCUGGAGGGUGACAUCUAGCACGCCCGACAUCACCCAGCGCCAGCACAGACGGAGCUCCACACCUAUGGACAGAACCAAAAAGGAGAAGAAAGACAAGGAGCGGGAGAACGAGAAAGAGAAAAACGCCCUGACAAAGGAGAGGUUCCUCAAGAAGAAGCAAUCGCUUCCCAGCAUGAGACACAGAACAGACCUGAGUCCUAUUUCGCUAUCAAGACCGCGGCCUUUGUCGCCGGCCAUGGCCAAGGGCAGGACUGCCUCGCCGAGCCCCGCCGCCUCCCCGAAGCCUACCUCCACGGAAAGCAGCCCAUCGACCACUAAGGGACGGCCCAGCAGGGCGAGGACUCCCGCCAGGGUGGACCACCGCAUGUCAUCCCCCAUCCCGUUGGAAAGAGUGAGAGAACAUCGCAGGUCGGCCACCCCUGAGAACAAUAGUCGACGUUCUCCUGUGGUUCCUCUCAUCAGACACCCGGUGGCACACUCUUCCAACAUCUCGGCCUCGCAGUCACCCGAGCCACAUGUCAAGGACGUUCCCUCUGUGCCCUCGCCCUCCCCGUCCUCCAAGCCCAUGGCGGGCACCAACGACCCUGAAGAGGCGGCGCGCAUCCUGGCGGAGAAACGGCGGCAGGCUCGCGAACAACGUGAGAGGGAGGAGGAGGAGCGGCGCGAGCAGGAGGAGAAGGACAGGAUCCUGAGAGAGGAGCGACAGGCGAGAGAAGCGGAGGAGAGGCGUCGGCGCGAGGAGGAGGUGCGCACCAUGACCGAGGAACAGCAGAGGAGGGAUGAGGAGCAGCGGCUGAGGGAGGAGGAGGAGGCCAAGGAGAGAGCCGUGGCCGAACAGGAGGAGAACAUUCGCCUACAAAAGCAGAAAGAAGAAGCCGAGGCAAAAGCCCGCGAGGAGGCGGAGAAGCAGCGUCUGGAGAGGGAAAAGCACUUCCAGAAGGAGGAGCAGGAGAGGCUGGAGAGGAAAAAGCGCCUCGAAGAGAUCAUGAAGAGGACACGCAAAUCAGACACAAGUGACAAGAAGGAGAUAAAAUCAGCGCCACUGCCCCUUCAAGUGAGCGAGAAAGAGGUGGAACGCAGCAAAGAAUGUAAGGUCAACCUGGACAACAACAACCAGACGGAAAACGGACACAGCAGACAGCGCCCUGCGGGCCAAACUCAUCUCAGCGGCGUCGAGCUGGGCCGAUGCGAGCGCAACGGUCUGUCGGCCAAUGUGGACGCGGCGCACCUGGUGGAGGACAUCAUCAUCAAUGCCGCCAACGGAGCACGAGGACGCUCUGAGGGCAGCGGGACCGCCGCCGACAUUCUGGCCUUCGAUGGAGACGAAGCGUUCGUGAAGAAAGCACCGCCGCUUAAGACGCAGCACGUCGCAGAAGUGCUGUGAUCGUGCAUUUCGCUGUUAUUUUCCACCUUUGGAGGUAGUAGGAGGAGCGGGGACGACGUCUGAAAAGGGAUGUGAAGAUCCCGUGCACCUCAUUCCCAGAUGGCAUCACAACACAAACACACAUUGUUAACUCUUAUUUAACUGGAGGGAAAUCUUAGUUUUUUUUUGUGUGUAAAUAAAUGAGGGAAGCAACUUUGUUAAGUAAACAUGCCGACUGUUCAUAUGAUUGAUUAGAAGCAGUAAUGAUAAUAAUAACUCACAGCUUCAAUAAAAUGGAAGUCACAUAUCUCUAAAGCGCCAAUUCAUAUUAAUAGAGAUUUAUUCUCCUAUUUAAAAGCUAAAAUAUGUUUUUUGUUUUAAAUAAUUACAAAUGAGCAUGACUCAAGUCUUUGCUCAUUUGCUUUGGGACUGAUCUGUGUAUGUGUGGGCGUGUGUGCAUACACGCAAUACAUAUAUUUUGAUGUGCUCUGUAAGCUCCAGAAGGGAGUAUUUCAACAAGUCUAAGGAAAGACAAAGCUGUUUAGUCUGUUCGUUUUUUUUUUCUUAAUUAGGAGUACAAUAAAAAUAAAAAGAAGUAAAAAUGCUCA